UGAUUAGCAUAGAAAGAAAGAAAAUCUUUAUUAAUGUUUCAUGAUUCUACUCUUUUUUCUUAAAAAUAAAGUCCAUGGCAGAAGUUCUCGCUAAAAAGGAGGAGCUGGCAGAUCGUCUAGAAAAGGCCAAUGAGGAAGCCAUCGCCAGUGCUAUUGCUGAAGAAGAACAGUUAACCAGAGAAAUUGAAGCUGAAGAAAAUAAUGACAUUAACAUCGAGACGGACAAUGACAGUGACUUUUCUGCCAGUAUGGGCAGUGGGAGUCUAUCUUUCUGUGGUAUGUCUCUGGACUGGAAUGAUGUUCUCGCAGAUUAUGAAGCUCGUGAAUCAUGGCGUCAGAAUACAUCCUGGGGGGAUAUUGUAGAAGAGGAGCCUGCUAGACUUCCAGGGCAUGGAAUUCACAUGCAUGAAAAACUUUCUUCACCGUCUCGUAAAAGGACAAUUGCAGAAUCUAAGAAGAAAUAUGAAGAAAAACACAUGAAAGCUCAACAAUUAAGGGAAAAGCUACGUGAAGAGAAAUCACUAAAGCUUCAAAAGUUGUUAGAAAGGGAAAAAGAUGUCCGAAAGUGGAAGGAAGAAUUACUAGAUCAACGACGUAGAAUGAUGGAAGAGAAAUUACUCCAUGCUGAAUUUAAACGAGAGGUACAGCUCCAAGCUAUUGUGAAGAAAGCUCAAGAGGAAGAAGCUAAGGUAAAUGAGAUUGCCUUCAUAAAUACCCUUGAAGCUCAGAAUAAACGUCAUGAUGUUUUAUCAAAACUGAAGGAAUAUGAGCAGAGGCUUAAUGAAUUGCAGGAAGAACGUCAGAGAAGACAAGAAGAAAAGCAAGCUCGUGAUGAGGCUGUGCAGGAACGUAAGAGAGCCUUGGAGGCAGAACGGCAGGCCCGUGUAGAGGAAUUAUUGACGAAGAGGAAAGAGCAAGAAGCCCGGAUUGAGCAACAGAGGCAAGAGAAGGAGAAAGCCCGUGAAGACGCAGCCCGGGAGAGAGCUAGAGACAGGGAAGAACGGUUGGCAGCACUCACAGCAGCGCAGCAAGAAGCUAUGGAAGAGCUGCAGAAAAAAAUCCAGCUCAAGCAUGAUGAAAGCAUUCGAAGGCACAUGGAACAGAUUGAGCAAAGGAAAGAAAAAGCUGCCGAGUUAAGCAGUGGGCGGCAUGCAAGCACUGAUUAUGCCCCUAAACUGACCCCUUAUGAAAGAAAGAAGCAGUGUUCUCUCUGCAAUGUCCUGAUCGCUUCUGAAGUAUAUCUCUUUAGCCACAUUAAAGGGAAAAAACACCAGCAAGCUGUGAGAGAGAAUAGCAGUAUCCAGGGGCGUGAACUUUCAGAUGAAGAAGUGGAACAUCUGUCUUUGAAGAAGUAUGUUGUUGACAUUGUGAUUGAAAGUGCAGCUCCACCAGAGCCUAUGAAAGAUGGAGAAGAACGGCAAAAGAAUAAGAAAAAAGCUAAAAAGAUAAAAGCACGCAUGAACACCAGGGCUAAAGAAUAUGAGAAUUCAGUGGAAACCAAAAAUUCUGGCUCUGAGUCACCUUAUAAAGCAAAGCUUCAGAGAUUAGCCAAAGAUCUUGUAAAACAACUUCAAGUACAAGACAGUGGCUCUUGGGUAAAUAAUAAGGCUUCAGCUUUGGAUCGCACCCUCGGCGAGAUUGCUAGAAUAUUAGAGAAAGAGAAUGUGGCAGAUCAAAUUGCAUUUCAAGUUGCUGGUGGAUUAACAGCCCUUGAAAACAUCCUUCAAGUAGUGGCCCCAGCCACAAACAUGAACACAGUUUCACGAAUUCCUCCUAAGUCUCUCUGCAAUGCAAUCAAUGUUUACAACCUCACCUGCAGUAACUGUUCAGAAAACUGCACUGAUGUUCUGUUUAGUAACAAGAUUACCUUCUUAAUGGAUCUCCUAAUACACCAAUUGACGGUUUAUAUUCCAGAUGAAAAUAAUGCUGUUUUGGGAAGAAAUACAAAUAAACAAGUUUUUGAAGGCUUGACGACUGGACUUCUCAGAGCCGGUGCUGUGGUUUUUAGCUGUCUGAUUGCCAACCGACCAGAUGGAAACAGCCGGCCAGCUACACCAAAAAUAUCAACACAGGAAAUGAAAAACAAACCCUCACAAGGUGAUGCUUUUAACAGUCGAGUGCAAGACCUUAUCAGCUAUGUGGUGAACAUGGGUCUGAUUGACAGACUUCAUGGCUGCUUCCUCUCAGUGCAAGGCCCAGUGGAUGAGAAUCCCAAAAUGGCCACAUUUCUGCAGCAUGCCGCAGGAUUCCUACGUGGGAUAUGUAUGCUGUGCUUUACUGUCACUGGAAGGUCUUCUAGCAUAUUUGACAGUAAUCACCAGGAUCCCACAGGGCUGACAGCUGCUCUUCAAGCUACAGACUUGGCUGGAGUUCUACACAUGCUCUACUGUAUCCUCUUCCACGGCACCAUCUCAGACGCCAGCACUAGUCCCAAGGAGAGUUACACCCAGAACACCAUCCAAGUAGCCAUUCAGAGUUUACGUUUCUUCAACAGCUUUGCAGUUCUUGACUUGUCUGCUUUUCAGUCUAUUGUAGGGGCAGAGGGCUUGUCCCUGGCAUUCCGGCACAUGGCUAGUUCCUUGCUGGGCCACUGCAGCCAAGUGUCCUGUGAAAGCCUCCUCCAUGAGGUCAUCGUCUGUGUGGGCUACUUCACUGUCAACCACCCAGAUAACCAGGUAAUUGUACAGUCCGGCCGCCACCCCACGGUGCUGCAGAAGCUCUGCCAGCUGCCUUUCCAGUAUUUCAGUGACCCGAGGCUCAUCAAAGUGCUGUUCCCUUCACUUAUCGCUGCGUGUCACAACAACCAUCAGAACAAGCUCAUUCUGGAGCAAGAGAUGAGCUGUGUUUUACUGGCCACAUUCAUUCAGGACUUUGCACAGACUCCGGGUCAUGUGGAUAACCAGUCUUCGAAUCCCAAAGGAAAAUGCGGAAACCCCGGGGACUACCUGGAGCUGGCUAACAGAUUUCCUCAGCAGGCCUGGGAAGAAGCCAGGCAAUUUUUCUUGAAAAAAGAAAAAAAAUAAAUGUUUGUUUUUUGUUUUUGUUUUUUUUUUUUUAGUUAAUUUUGUAUUUGAGUACCUUUGCUAGUGCUUUCCGUGUUCCUUUGGGAACGUGUGGUCUGUCCAUCCUCUUCCCUCCGCUGUAGAUGUGCUCCUCUUGGCAGUGUUUAUAGAGACUACAGACCGGGCUGUCCUCCUGACUUUGCAGAUUGGUCCGUCUCAUUUAUGCACUUAUUUUGGCGUUUGUCUACUUCCAUGCUGUGUAAGUUGCAAUUGUAAUAUGAGUAAGAUUAUACAAAUAUCAUUCUUGUAAUGAAGUAACACAGUUUUCAGUGUUGACUUUUCACAUUAAAGCAGUACGAAUUUGAGAAAGUGUUAAGACUUUAUAAGCCCUGCACUAAGUUUUUCUUCUAAAACUUGGAGUUGAGACCUGUGUAGGUAAUAUUUUCAGUAAGCCUUGGGACUGUUUGAAAUUACAGCACCUAACCACGGGUUGGGAACUUCAUUGGCAGAUAGCACUGUGAACUAUUGUGUUUCUGAGUUAAAUUUAGCCCUAAAAUUAUUUAAAAAAAAAAAAAGAGGGGGCAUCAAGUAUUUUCUUAAAUAAUUUACUUGAAACAACAUGGAGUAAAAGAAACAAUGAGGGUGGCCAUGUCUCUGAAUACAAGCUAUCAUGUGCACGCAGUAGUGCCAUGCUGUGCCGCAGGGGGCCCUCUUAACCCACCCAGUGUGGAGCCUGAGUGACAUUGGUUGCAGUUACCAGCAAAGAUCUAGCUGUGGAAAAUUGACUCCAAAACCUGAAGAUUGUGACAGGAAACUGAACAACACAGUUUUGCCUUUCUUACAGAAAAGCAAACUUACCUAACAUUCCCCACACUUCCUUUUUGAACCUCAUGGCGCUACAGUUUUUUUAUGUUCAAUGUAUUUUACUGUUUUACAAAUCGAAAGAAAAUAAAGAGGUCUGAUGUAAGCCAUGCCAA